CAAAGUCAGAACACAACGUUCGCGAAAGAUCCUCGACGUCACCUUGCUUCAUUGCAUCCAAGCCGAGAUCCAUUUUCCCUCCAGACCGAACAAACACACAGAGACGAGGUCUCUCAAUGGUACUGUAUGUGCUCAUAAAAACCAUCACUACUAGCUAGCUGGAAGAGACAUCCACAAUUAUAAAUAAUCAUGGCAAAUUCAACAGGUCUUCAUGGUAGCAUGAGGAUAAUCCUCUUGGUGGGAGUCAUCAGUUACUUUACUCGCAAAUACUUUGUGCAUACACUCUUUCCCCAUGGGCUUCCCGUGGAGAUGACGGCCGAGAUGAGGGUGAAACAUGCUCCAGUUGACUCCAGCAACGACAGUCUUCAUACCAAACACGGCAAAUUGACCAAAAUUGCGGAACGUCUCGAAGAGGGCCAAGAGCCAUUGCUGAUAGGACCCGAAACUGUUAUUGUACAACCCAAAACCAACGCGAUCUUUGCCUUUUGCCGUGGCGCCAAACUGGUCCGUCUGGACGAUCUACAACCCUCCCCCGACAACCCGCAGUAUCAAACCGCCAAGGUCACUCUCGCUGCCAACCUCGGCAGUGGUGCUCCUCUGAGUGGAAAAUUCACCCCCGAUGGCAAAACAUUGUACGUCGCAGAUCCCAUUUUGGGAUUGUUCCGCAUUCGAAAUUUUGGAGAAAGCAAUCAAUCCAACAUUGAGAUUGUCGCCAGUCAGGUAGUCGACAAUGACAAAAUCACACCCAUUCUCUUUGCCGAUGAUGUUGACAUUGGACCCAAGACGGGAAAAAUCUACUUUUCUGAUGCCACGGAUGUUGCUCCCGAUCGACUGGUGCGGGAACUGGAUUGGGACGUCAUGUAUGCGAGCAAGGUGGAAUGCAUCCGUGGAAAACGCUCGGGGCGAUUACUGGAAUACAAUCCCGAAACCGAACAGGUCACAGUGCUGGCACGAGGACUAUGGUUUACCAAUGGCGUGGCCGUGGACGAAGAAGAAACCUUUUUGAUUGUGUCCCAAACCUUUGCCAUGCGCUUGUCCAAGUACCAUUUGACGGGACCACAACAGGGCAGUCUGGAAACCUUGUUGGACAGUCAUCAAUUAACCGGUUUUACGGAUGGGGCUGAUUUGAGUUGGGCCACCAGCGGUCCCACGGCGCACAAGGCAUAUGUGGCCGUUCCCACUCCGAUUCUUCCCAUCAUGAAGGUCCUUCAGGUGACUCCCCAUCCUGUGGAUCAAUUCGUUCGGGGUUUGUUGCUGCUGGUUCCAAAAUGGUUGGCACCACCUCCCGUUGACUAUGCUGGUUUUGUCGAACUGGAUUUGAAGACAGGUGAAGUUCGGACGUUUCAAGAUGCCAAUCCGACAGACUUGGAUUUUAUUACUGGCGUCUUUGUUCAGGAUGAUAAAGUCUAUUUGGGAUCGCUGCACAGCAAUGUGGUUGGGGUCUAUGACUUGAGCUAAUAAAUUGCUACCGUAUCAUCAGCGAAGCAAAACAAAAAUAGAUACAUCUGCAGUACAGAAGAAAAUUAUGCAAUCAGACGACAGCAAGAGUUGCACCGAAUGAACACCUAGAUAUAAAUGCUGCAGCAUAGACAAACAACAAUAUCGACCAAACGAUCUACAUAAAUGAGAGCUUCACUCUUUUAAAAUUAAGCUAGAUUCCCCUCAUCAUAGUGAUCGCCAGUCUUAUGAUGCUACCCAAACACAUCACCUUCGGCGGUUCCUCCCUCUUUCUGUUUACUUUUUGCAUCCUGCUUUGUUUGUUGUCGUGGUUGUGUUUGGUUCUUACCGUACUUUUUCGUUUCCCAGGGCAACCAUUCGUGUGGAUAGAUUGGCGGUCGAAACUUUUGCUUGAAACAGGCAGGUCGAUUUUGUUGCAACAAGAGUAUCAAAUCCUGUAGUAAUGCAGUGGAUCUGGCGGCGUUGUUUUGGUUAUUGGAUGGCAUCAACUGUGGCAAUCGUACCAGGAGUCGCAAGAGAAAUUCGCAUCCAUACACGUCCAGUGGUGAAAUGGCACUGUUGUUGUUUUCUUGUUGAUGUCGU